AAGGCGGGGGGGAUCUCCAAUUGUCAGAAAAAGCAGAAAAUAGCCUGUGCGCGGGGCCGCUGAGUAGCCCUUGGCGGGGUAAGGCGCAGGGAUAUCCGGGGCUUCUUGCAGCGCCCGGCGGUGUUCGAUGCCCAAUGCCAAAGAGUCGGGCGUUAGGCUGGCGGGCUCGAAGGCAGAGCUCAAAUCAAAGUCCUCAGUCAUUGAUCAAAGCGCUCGCAGCUCUAACUAGGUCCCCAAGCGAAUUAAUCUAUUUGCUAAGAAUACUACGGAUAUACAUUUAGGAAGGGAAGAGGCAAGUCUAUCGCGUCUGCACGUCUAUAAGAGCCACCAGCCCUCAUCCCUUGGCGUGAAUCCUCGGCUUUUCAAGACCCACCUCGCCCCACACUCCCACUGCUUCACUCCCUUCCACUCGGCCCCUGCAGACCCUCACGCUUAGUUUGACACAGACCACAUUACAUCCGUUUUUUUUAAAGUCCUGCCAAUCUCUUCCAGAGUCCGUUAAUUGGGUAACCCCUGACAAUUAGUGACCCCUCUGAAACUUUUUCCCGUUCUCUGUGAUUUAUUUCCACAAUCAAUAGCAAGGAAAAUACCUUAAAGGAAAAAGAAUGUUAGCGUCAUUGGAAACCCCCGCUCCUGGGAGAGGAUACCGCCGCUGUUGCUAUUGUUUUCGCAUUUGCUGAUGCAAACAGGGGAACCUCUCUAUUCCCUCUCCGUUACCUGCGGCUGGGGACUGGGAACUUUCCGAGGCAGCGUCCCCAGCUAGCGCCUCGGGACCUGCCGGGCUGUUCUCUCUCUCACACUCACGCUUACCUCUGCCGCCCGGGCGCGGGUUCCAUCCAGCCCCGCCCGGCAGCCGGAUGACGCGCCUAUUUGACGGCCAGUUUGGCCAAUUAGCGGUGGCUCGGUGGGUGGUGCUCUUCAGCGAUUGGUUGGCAGAAUGAGGGCGCUGCGCAAAAACAGAGAAGAGAAGCGCUCGGAGCUCAGAAACUGCCAGCCGAGAUCACGGGCUUUAAGGCUGAGGCAGGAGGAGGGAAGGACUGGAAGGAAGAGAGCUUAGAGGGAAAGAGGCUUGGGAAGAAAACAGCAGCAAAGAAACUGCUCAUCACACUUACAGAGAGGCAAAUGACCGCGGGGAUGAGGACAGAGAGAGACAAGACUAUGAAAGGCAAAAAAUACAAAUAGAGCGAAAGAGGAAAAAAUGCCAAGAAGAACAUCCAUCCAGAGAAAUGAAGAGAAUGAAAGUUUUAUGCUGCAGAGCCGUUCUAUGCUUUUCCGGCACAAAAUUUUCUCGCUGUUUUUAAGCCCUUUUGCAUUUGCCAGCCGUUGACAUUAAGAGGCAUGUUCAGCGGUGCCAGCAGCAUCUCCUCUUCCUUCUCCUCUUCCUCCUCAUCUUCCUCCUCCUCCUCCUUCUUCUUUUCCUCCUCCUCCUUCUCCUCCCAUCAGCAAGAAGACAAACCGAGGACAGUCUUGAAAUAUCGAAAUUUCCUCCUUGGGAUUUGCCAGCGCCGCGUUGCGCCAAGAUUGUCGGAAUAAAGGACGCUGACUAUUGUAUUAUUAUUUUAUUAAUUGGUCAGUGGGAAGAUUACAGAUGAGGAAAGGGGACGCCUGUCACCCUUCCUGUGCUAAGAUUGAAAAAUGAGGCUGAAUUGGGGGAAGCCCUAAAAUGAAGCAAAAGGAAUAAGAUUUUUAAGGACAGAAAGCCACAGGAGCCCCCCACACAGCGCACUUUUAUUUGUAUUUUUUUUUGAGAUUUUUUUUUUCGUGGUGGUGGGGGAGGUGAUUGGGUGGCUGACUGGCUGCGGGAAGCUGCUUCCUUUCCCUUUGGAGAUGAUUGUGCUAUUAUUCUUUGCCUUGCUCUGGAUGGUGGAAGGAGUCUUUUCCCAGCUUCACUACACGGUGCAGGAGGAGCAGGAACAUGGCACUUUCGUGGGGAAUAUCGCUGAAGAUCUGGGCUUGGACAUUACAAAACUUUCAGCUCGCAGGUUUCAAACGGUGCCCAACUCGCGGACCCCUUACUUGGACCUCAACCUGGAAACCGGGGUGCUGUACGUGAACGAGAAGAUCGACCGCGAGCAAAUCUGCAAGCAGAGCCCCUCCUGCGUCCUGCACCUGGAGGUCUUCCUGGAGAACCCCCUGGAGCUGUUCCGGGUGGAGAUCGAGGUGUUGGACAUCAAUGACAACCCCCCCUCCUUUCCGGAGCCGGACCUGACGGUGGAGAUCUCUGAGAGCGCCACGCCAGGCACCCGCUUCCCCUUGGAGAGCGCAUUCGACCCAGACGUGGGCACCAACUCCUUGCGCGACUACGAGAUCACCCCCAACAGCUACUUCUCCCUGGACGUGCAGACCCAAGGGGAUGGCAACCGAUUCGCCGAGCUGGUGCUGGAGAAACCGCUGGACCGAGAGCAGCAAGCGGUGCACCGCUACGUGCUGACCGCGGUGGACGGGGGAGGAGGGGGAGGAGGAGGAGAAGGAGGGGGAGACGGCGCGGGAGGGGGCCUGCCCCCCCAGCAGCAGCGCACCGGCACGGCCCUACUCACCAUCCGAGUGCUGGACUCUAACGACAAUGUGCCCGCCUUCGACCAACCCGUCUACACUGUGUCCCUUCCAGAGAACUCACCGCCGGGCACGCUCGUGAUCCAGCUCAACGCCACAGACCCAGAUGAAGGCCAGAAUGGCGAGGUAGUGUACUCCUUCAGCAGCCACAUUUCGCCCCGAGCGCGGGAGCUCUUCGGACUCUCCCCGCGCACCGGCCGGCUGGAGGUGAGCGGCGAGCUGGACUAUGAAGAGAGCCCGGUGUACCAAGUGUACGUACAAGCCAAGGACCUGGGCCCCAAUGCCGUGCCCGCUCACUGCAAGGUGCUAGUGCGAGUGCUGGAUGCUAACGACAACGCGCCGGAGAUCAGCUUCAGCACCGUGAAGGAGGCGGUGAGCGAGGGCGCGGCGCCCGGCACAGUGGUAGCCCUGUUCAGCGUGACCGACCGAGACUCAGAGGAGAAUGGGCAGGUGCAGUGUGAGCUGCUGGGGGAUGUGCCAUUCCGCCUCAAGUCUUCCUUCAAGAACUACUAUACCAUCGUGACCGAGGCCCCCCUGGACCGAGAGGCGGGGGACUCCUACACCUUGACCGUGGUGGCUCGGGACCGGGGCGAGCCGGCGCUCUCCACCAGUAAGUCGAUCCAGGUGCAAGUGUCAGAUGUGAACGACAACGCACCGCGGUUCAGCCAGCCGGUCUACGACGUGUAUGUGACCGAGAACAACGUGCCCGGCGCCUACAUCUACGCGGUGAGCGCCACGGACCGCGAUGAGGGCGCCAACGCCCAGCUAGCCUACUCGAUCCUCGAGUGCCAGAUCCAGGGCAUGAGCGUCUUCACUUACGUCUCCAUCAACUCCGAAAACGGCUACUUGUACGCCCUGCGCUCCUUCGACUACGAGCAGCUCAAGGACUUCAGCUUUCAGGUGGAAGCCCGGGACGCCGGCAGCCCCCAGGCGCUGGCUGGCAACGCCACUGUCAACAUCCUCAUCGUGGAUCAGAACGACAACGCCCCUGCCAUCGUGGCGCCCCUCCCGGGGCGCAACGGGACUCCGGCUCGAGAGGUGCUGCCCCGCUCGGCGGAGCCGGGUUACCUGCUGACCCGCGUGGCCGCAGUGGACGCGGACGACGGCGAGAACGCCCGGCUCACCUACAGCAUUGUACGGGGCAACGAAAUGAACCUUUUCCGCAUGGACUGGCGCACCGGGGAGCUCCGCACAGCGCGCCGGGUGCCAGCCAAGCGCGACCCCCAGCGGCCUUACGAGCUGGUGAUCGAGGUGCGCGACCAUGGGCAGCCGCCCCUGUCCUCCACCGCCACCCUGGUGGUGCAGCUGGUGGAUGGCGCUGUCGAACCCCAGGGCGGGGGCGGGGGCGGGGGUGGGGGGUCAGGGGAGCACCAACGCCCCAGCCGCUCCGGCGGCGGGGAGACUUCGCUGGACCUCACCCUCAUCCUCAUCAUCGCGCUGGGCUCCGUGUCCUUCAUCUUCCUGCUGGCUAUGAUCGUGCUUGCCGUGCGUUGCCAAAAAGAGAAGAAGCUCAACAUCUACACGUGUCUGGCCAGUGAUUGCUGCCUCUGCUGCUGCUGCUGUGGCGGUGGAGGCUCGACCUGCUGCGGCCGCCAAGCCCGGGCACGCAAGAAGAAACUCAGCAAAUCGGACAUCAUGCUGGUGCAAAGCUCCAACGUACCCAGUAACCCGGCCCAAGUGCCCGUGGAGGAGUCUGGGGGCUUUGGCUCCCACCACCACAACCAGAAUUACUGCUACCAGGUCUGCCUGACCCCUGAGUCCGCCAAGACCGACCUGAUGUUCCUUAAGCCCUGCAGCCCUUCGCGGAGUACGGACACUGAGCACAACCCCUGCGGGGCCAUCGUCACCGGCUACACAGACCAGCAGCCCGACAUCAUCUCCAACGGAAGCAUUUUGUCCAACGAGACUAAACACCAACGAGCAGAGCUCAGCUAUCUAGUUGACAGACCUCGCCGUGUUAACAGUUCUGCAUUCCAGGAAGCCGACAUAGUAAGCUCUAAGGACAGUGGUCACGGGGACAGUGAACAGGGUGAUAGUGAUCAUGAUGCCACCAACCGCGGCCAGUCAGCUGGUAUGGAUCUCUUCUCCAACUGCACCGAGGAAUGUAAAGCACUGGGCCACUCAGAUCGGUGCUGGAUGCCUUCUUUUGUCCCUUCUGAUGGACGCCAGGCUGCCGAUUAUCGCAGCAAUCUGCAUGUUCCUGGCAUGGACUCGGUUCCAGACACUGAGGUGUUUGAAACUCCAGAAGCCCAGCCUGGGGCAGAGCGGUCCUUCUCCACUUUCGGCAAAGAGAAGGCCCUUCACAGCACCCUGGAGAGGAAGGAGCUGGAUGGACUGCUGUCUAAUACACGAGCGCCUUACAAACCACCAUAUUUGAAUCAUUUCCAUCCUCUUUCUUAUUUUGUACACUGGAAAUAAAUCCAUAUAAGCAUUUGUCCAUCAUGUGGGCCUAACGAAGGAAGAUUAUCAAUUAAGAUAUAAAUAGAAUUAUUCAAUGAAAAGAAAUAUCUACUUGGGAAUUUUUUCUUGCCUCAUCAAACUGAAGAUUUAUGGGUUGAAAUUUACAUUCACUAAGUUAUAAAGUAUUGUAAAUAAGUCUGGAAUAUAUAAAUUCAAUUGCUUAUAAAUAUCAUUAAACAUUAUUUAAUACUCAAUGUGCCAGACUUUUUUUGGUGAGUCUGCGUCCUCUGAAAUCUUUUUAAUAGGAAUUAGACAGCAUCACUUAGACAAUAUAGUUUGAAAACUGUUUUGGACUGUGAGGUUCAUUGUUCAAGAUUAAAUAGUACUACUGAAUCAAGACUAAACUCAGCAUAAUGUGAAUCAAUUUACUGUUUCCCAAAGUACAAUAAAAAUCUUGAAGUUUUAUAUUGAGGUCCAAUAAGACUCCCUAAUUAUUGCAUUAGUGGUUCCUAAUCACCUACAUCAUUUGGAUGGGGAGAGUGUAGAAGAUUUGAAAAAAUUGAACCCCAGAAAUUACAUAUAAGAAGACACGGAUAAAAACAAAUUUCAAGGUAGAAAUUUUGCAGGUAAAAAUCAGUGUUUUAUUUCUGAUUCUAAAUUGAUACAUUAUGUGACAUUAUAUUCAUACAUUAUGCUUAGGCACAUAUCCAUAUUCUUCUCCCAGAGAUACAUUUCUUUUAACUGUAAGGAUUCGAAAGAUCAUAUAUGAAAUUUAUUUUAAUAAAAUUUCUACAAUCUGUACAAUAGAGUGUUAUUUAAAUUAACAAUGAUAGCUUUUAAGUCAUUGAGUUCAACAAGUAAGUAUAAAUAUAUUUUCUGUGUUUUAUCUUUAUGAUUCCGUUUUAUGGAACAUUGGGCAUAUAUACACCCCAUAUAAAAGUAUUAUAUUUUGUUUAAUUUAAUUUUCAAUUAAAUUUAUCAACUACCAGAGAAAGAAGAGACAGUGAUUAUGUUUAAGAGUAAAGUUAUUUAAUGACUGGCUACUUCAUUCUCAGAAGCUGUUAACAGGACAACAUGGUGCUUUUUGAGAAAGAAGAUAAGUGAUACAAUCAAUUUUAGUCUGUUCCUUUAUUUUUUAAGGUACCGGUUGUACUUUUUGAAGACCAAUUCACAUUGCGUAAUGUAAUGAAAUUAACCAUGACACUCUAGAGGAAAUAGAAGUCUUUAUUAUGAGGAAGACAUUGUUCUUACUGCUUAUAAAAAUGUAAUCAGUAGGACAUUUUUCCUCUUUUAAUGUUGGCAUCAGCCAGAAUUCUACGCUAGAUUCCAAUAUUACCUGUGUUGGAUAUUUAAUUGUAUAUAUUAUGCAUUCUAUAAAAUCGAUUUUAGUUUGUCAUCAAGUGUUCUAAGUUUUAUAUAUAUCUGCCAAUAACUAUAUUUCAGCUGAAAAUUGGACAAUUACUGCAUUAUUCCAUAUAAAGAAUAUAUGCAAAUAUUUUUGUCAAAAUUUUCAAAUAAGUGUAUUAAAAGAGAAAAAAGACCUGAGCCUAAAAGUAAUAAGUAAUACAUAAAUAAAAUUGAUAUCAAAUGUAUAUUUCCUGGGUUAAAUUCUGAAUCUCUCUGGAUAAAGAAAUAGCCAGGGUAGAGAAGUUCUCUCAUACCUAACUAAACAUUUAGUUGGCUUUUGUGUCAAAGUGCAACACAUGGUAGAAACUUCUGAGUCAACAAGGGCAGCAGUACAGCAGUAGAUCAAGUGUAUAUAAUACGUUGUCUUGAUGAUGUACACCUGAUGACGUAUGCAAGAUAGAAUAUUUCACAUUUAGGUUUAAUUGAAAUGGUGGUAGAAAUAGGUCCUUGGAUGUGAGAGUUAAUGUGAUAGUUUGGCAGUUGCUGUCAUUUUAUUCUUAGCAAAUGUUUAGAAAACCUGGAGGCUGACCCAUAAAAUUAGUAUAAAAUUCUUGCACCAUUUUUUUCACCAUAUUAGUAAACCUGAUGUCAGAACUAAUCGCCUUGCUAGUCACUAAUAUUGUGGACUUAAGGUUUAUAUGCCAUAGAAUUACUCAUCAGACGAUUGCAUUGCAGGUCAUGAAAUCCAGAUCUGUUUUUGUAGAUAUGUUUUGAUUCCUGACUUAGUUUUUUUGAUAAGAACAGUGGAAAUAGAGAACAAUAUUAUGUAGAACCCGUAGAGUUCUACUAAACUAUAUUUUUAAACGUUUAUUAAGUGAUGGAUAAAUUCAGGCAUAUGCAAAAACAGAAAGAAUAGUGCACUGAACUCUCCGUGUUCUUUGGCCUAUUCUUGGCCAAAUUUGUUCCAUCCAAAUGCCAACACAUGCCCUCUGCUCAGAUUUUUAAAGCAAAUCCAGAGAUCCUACUGUUUAAUCCAUUAAUGUUUCAGGAUAUGUUUAUUAACGAUAAAGUAAGUAUAUUUUGGAGCCUGCCUGGUGGUGUAGUGGUUAAGUUCAUGUGCUCUGCUUCAAUGGCCUGGGGUUUGCAGGUUCAG